AUGAUCUGCUCAAAAUGCCUCUCGAUGUUUUCGCUGUACACGACGACCCAAGGCGGUGGUGACAAAGGCAAACACCACGCAAGCGAAGCCCACCUCGACCGCGCCGCAACGGCCGGCUGCAAGAUCUGCACCUGCGUCCGCCGCCAAUGGCUCCAGGAGAAACAAAACCUCCGGCCGACGACGACGACGACGACCUCCGAUGCAGCAGCAGCUGCUGCAGCCAGCCAGACCGCCGCCGCCGAAUCAUCAUCAUCAUCAUCAUCAUCAUCAUCAUCAUCAUCGGCGUCCUUCAACUAUCGGAUCGGCUUCGAUGUGCCACCGGAGGAUUCCACGGAGGAGGAAAGAAGAAGAUCGGCCUGGAUCUUCUUCCGCGCCGUGAUGCCAGGUUUCCGUGCGGCCGACGACAGCGACGACGAUGAUGAUGAUGACGACGGCGAGAUCGUCGUCACCAGCGUUAACGUUUACAGGUCUGCUUCGCUGCCGGACCAGGAGGGCUGCAGCGAGAAGAUCGUGCAGCAGUCUUCGCCUCGGGAGGAGGAACGUCGCGACGAUGAGCCGUGGCGCGUACGCCACGUCGGCAGCUUGCGAACGUAUCCGAACAGCACGGGGCAUCCGGCCGUCGCGGAGCGCGCAGCGCUCUGGCUCGGGCAGUGCCUCGCGAGCCACGAGGGGUGUCGCCGGGCAGCACUCGACGGCGACGGCGGCGGCGGCAGCAGCAGCUGGUAUCCGCAGCGCCUGCUCGACGUGCGCGACCCGCGCCGCCCGCGUCUCGUCAUCACCGCUCAGGAGCAGCCACCAGUCUCGGGGGGCGGCGGCUACGCAACCCUCAGCCACUGCUGGGGCGAGCACCCAGAAUUCAUGAUGCUGUGCCCGCAGACGGAGGAAUUGCUCACGGCCGGCGUGCCCGUCGAGCGCCUGCCGCAGACAUUCCAGGACGCGAUACUAACGACGAGCCGCCUCGGCAUCGCGUAUCUCUGGAUCGACAGCCUCUGCAUCCAGCAGGCCGGGCCCGGCAGCGCGGAUGACUGGGUCGGCCACGUCAAGGCCAUGCGGCAGAUCUACCAGCGGUGCGUGCUGAAUAUCGCGGCUGACCGCGCGGGGAGUCCGCAUGAGGGCGCGUUUGUGCGGCGUUCGUCGGACGCGGCGGCGCUGCAGGGGUGCCAGGUGUUCUGGAAGACUGGGCGUGGUGAUGGGGAUGGGGAUGGCGACAUGUGGACAGUUGUCGAUGACCGCGACCUCAACGGCGGCUUCUUCGCCGCCCCGCUCACGCGCCGCGCCUGGGUCUUCCAGGAGCGCUUCCUCGCGCCGCGCGUGCUGCACUUUGGCGCGGACCAGGUGUGGUGGGAGUGCGCGGAGCUGGGCUUCGCGUCUGAGGUCAUGCCUGAGGGCAUGCCGCGCGCGCAUCCGCUGUUCGACCUUGCUGGCGCGCCGUUUUCGAUACCGCGAGCGGCACCGCUGCCACUUCCUGAGACGACGGAGGAGGAGGAGAGGGAGAAGGCUGCCUGGCGCGACAACAUCAUGAACGAGUGGCAGCGCGCCGUCGCGACGUACGCGAAGGCGCGCCUGACAUUCGUCGAGAAAGACGUCUUCGCCGCCUUCGCCGGCGUCGCGGAGAUGUUCGGCAACAGCUUCUACGCCGACGACGAGUACAUCGCCGGCCACUUCCGCUCCGAGCUGCCAUGGUGCCUGCUGUGGGAGUGCCAGGGCAUGCGGCGGCCAUCGCCCAGGGACAGUACACCGUACCGCGCGCCCAGCUGGAGCUGGGCCAGCAUGUCGAACUCGGCGCUGAACGUGACGGACGACACGGUCGGCUUGCCUCUCUGGCACGCCUGUCACGACCUGAGGCAGGCCGGCGCGGCGGCGGCGCGCGUGCUGGCGGCGGUGCUGGACGCAAGGGUCGAGCUGGUGGACGAGGGGAAUCGGUUUGGUGCGGUGAGGUACGCGGAGAUUACGUUGCGCGUGAAGGCGUUUGAGUGUUUUCGGUUGGACAAUCAUCCAGCGCUCAAGAGGGGUGGCGGUGACGAGGAGGAGGAGGAGGAGGAGGACCCGGCCGCGCCCAUGCUAAACCCCUCGCGCGUCCCGCAUGCGAAGGCUCGGCCGGCGUCGUGGGGCGUCGGGAGGGCUGUUGCGGCUGUCGCGGCGCCGGAGCUGUUUGAAAGACAUCCAUAUACGCGGCCCUUUUUGACGCCGUAUGUUGAGGUUGAGCCGGAUGAUGAGGAGGAGCUACUAGAGCUGGGGAGGGCGCUGGCGGUGCCGAUUUUGGAGGAUCGGGGCGCGGGGAGGGUGAUGGGGAUAUUGGUGAGGCCCGUGCUGGGAAGGGAUGGAGGGGGAGAUGGGAGGAGUUAUUUUGAGAGGGUGGGGGCUUUUCGGGUGAAGAGUUUUGAUGUUGAUGAGCUUGUUAGAAGAGGGGUGGUUGCGGAGAGAGAUGUGGUUCUGGUUUGA